AUGAAGGAAGUAUUGGAGAAGCUGGGGUACAAAAUAGAAAAUCUAACCAAGGUCAUGUAUCCCUUGGUUAGCUUGGGAGACAAAACAGUUUUUGUCCUAGGAACUGUAAAUCUUGCCACUGUACUGGGUGACAAAGGGCACAAAAAGGAAAUCUACACAGAGUUCGUAGUGAUUGACAUUCCCCUAUCCUAUAACAUCAUCCUCGGUCAACCAAUCUUAAACAACAAUGACAUAGUAAUUAGAAUGAAGUGGCUAUGCAUGAAGCUAACAGCCUCAAGAGACAUAAUAGCAGGACAUGCGGUAGUAUCACUGGUUGAUGCGAUAUCAGGAUAUCACCAAAUACGGAUGGACCCAAAAGAUAAAGAGAAAACUGCUUUCCUGAUAGACUCAGGGGCAUACUAUUACAAAGCAAUGCCCUUUAGAUUGAAGAAUGCUGGAGCAACAUAUCAAAAGCUCAUAGAUCUGAUGUUCAAGGAAUAG